GUAAUUACCUACCUACCUACUAGUCUACUAGAUACAUACCUAGGUACUUAGUACUGUAUUUAGCAGUGACCUAUCCGCUAGUUUUUAGUAGAUAUCCGCCGUAUUUCAAGGCGCUUACCUGCUAUCAACCCCCCCUUCACUCCGCCCCUCCCCGCCGCCCCUUUCCCGCCAGAGAAAGUCGUAACAGUGUGUAAAUCUAUUAAAUUAUACGGCUCUAUCCCAUACCUACCUAGUAUCAUGCCUUCAUCUGCCUACUAGGUAUGUACUAUGUAGGUAGUAUAUAUAUAUAUAGCACGACGGCUUCCCACUAUCGGUCUCUUUCGGCUUCUGUCGUAUAUUCUCAUUUCAAGACUCGAGGCUCAAGCUAUCUCAGGAGAUCCGACAAUGGCUGGCGGCGUCAAGAAACCGGUCAACAUUUUUAUGUUGAAAAAACUAGGAGAGUCUAAGAACAUCUUCAAUUGGCGAUUAUGGUUCGCUGUCAUCUCCUUCGGCCUCCUAGGCGCUGCUCGUGGUGUAGAUGAAGGUCUCAUCUCGGGGUCUUUCAAUUCUAAAGACUUCCAAAAUUACAUCAACUAUUCUUCCUAUACCAAGGUCGAGCAGACGAACAUCAAGGCGAACGUGUCAGCCAUGGUCCAGAUAGGUUCCGUUGCCGGCGCUCUGUUCGCCUUCGUCAUUUGCGAUCGCAUCGGCAGAAUCUGGGCUACUCGACAAUUAUGUGUCCUUUGGAUCUUAGGAAUUGCCAUCUUCAUGGGAAACGGUGGUAACCUCGGAGCUGUAUACGCCGGCCGUUUUAUCGCCGGCCUCGGUGUAGGCCAAACCCCUGUCGUCGGCCCUAUCGCCGAGAUUGCUCCAGCCUCUAUCCGAGGUCUCUGUACCUGUAUUUUCACCGGUUUUGUCUACGUCGGCAUUGUCCUCGCGUACUUUACCAACUAUGGUGCUCAGGUGAACCUCGGUGAUACCACCCACAUCCGAUGGCUUGCGCCGACGAGUCUGCAUAUCAUCUUUGCCGGUCUGAUCUUCAUCUUGACCUUCUUCCAGUAUGAGUCGCCGCGCUUCCUCGUCAAGCAAGGCAAGUACCAGGAAGCGGCCGAGAACAUGGCUCGCAUCCGUCACUUGUCGAUUGACGACUCGUACGUUGUUGCGGAGAUUAGCGCUAUUCGACACGCGCACGAGGAAGAACUAGAAGCUACCAUGGGCACGAGUUGGUACGGCAUCCUAAAGGAAAUGUUUCUGAUUCCUAGCAACCUUUACCGGCUCUACCUUAGUGCUACGGUGCAGUUCAUGUCUCAAUGGUCGGGGGCAGGUUCGAUUACAUUGUACGCAGUCGACUUCUUCGAGAUUCUUGGCAUAACAGGCCAGAACGAGUCCCUGCUCGUCACCGGUAUAUUCGGCAUCGUGAAGUUCGUUGCCGCCCUUAUCUGUGCCCUCUUCCUCGUCGACGUCAUCGGCCGCAAGCGUGCCUUACUUCUCGGCAUCACGCUACAGGCCGUCUCCAUGGUCUAUGUGGCGGGCUUCCUGACUGCCGUGCCAGAGCUGGGGGUUGACGAUCGCUACGUGCUUCCGGAGGCUGAGAAAAGCGCCAGCCGCGGCGCCAUCGCCAUGAUCUAUAUCUCCGGUUUCGGUUGGGCUCUGGGUUGGAAUUCAAUGCAAUACCUACUCACGGCCGAGCUCUUCCCCUUGCGGAUCCGCGCUCUUUCCACCUCGAUCGUAAUGACGCUUCACUUUGCGAAUCAGUAUGGCAAUUCGCGCGCCGUUCCUAAUAUGUUACUUCCCACAAGCCAGGGCGGUAUCUCUCCAAUGGGAACAUUCUGGUGCUUUGGGGCCGUCACCGUGCUAGGCGGUCUCUGGGUCUGGUUUUUCGUGCCCGAGACCGCCGGCCGAUCCCUGGAAUCCAUGGACCGCCUGUUCGAAUUACCGUGGUAUGCUAUUGGGAGACGCGGGAACGAAGAUGCCGAUCUCAAGGACGUAGUUUACAAUGAGAAAGAAGAGGCAGCGAUUGACGUAGAUCACGUCGAUGUAGUUGACGAGCAAAGAUCAAAGGGGGACACUCGUGUUUGA